UCUUCAUCUUCUUCUUCUCUCUCUCUCUCAUUCUUUGGCUGUGUAACUCUCAGAAAUUGGGGAAAAUGAAUUUCAAGAACGUGAAGAUUCCAAAUGUUCCGGGUGGUGGUGCGGCUUCUGCUUUGAUCAAGUUUGGAGCAAUUGCUGGGCUUGGCAUAUACGGAGCUGCUAACAGUCUCUACAAUGUUGAUGGAGGAAAUCGAGCUAUUGUCUUCAACCGUAUUAUUGGCGUCAAAGAUAAGGUUUAUCCUGAAGGAACGCACCUGAUGAUCCCGUGGUUUGAAAGACCAAUCAUAUAUGAUGUUCGUGCACGACCCCAUCUGGUGGAGAGCACUUCGGGUAGUCGUGAUCUCCAGAUGGUAAAAAUUGGUCUUCGAGUUCUUACUCGUCCUGUACCAGACCAAUUACCUACAAUUUAUCGGACUCUUGGUGAGAACUAUAAUGAAAGAGUCCUGCCUUCAAUUAUUCAUGAGACUUUGAAAGCUGUGGUUGCACAGUACAAUGCAAGCCAGCUCAUUACUCAGAGAGAGAAUGUUAGUAGGGAAAUACGGAAAAUACUGACAGAAAGGGCAGCCAACUUCAACAUUGCGCUCGAUGAUGUGUCCAUUACUAGCCUGACUUUUGGGAAGGAGUUUACAGCUGCAAUUGAAGCUAAGCAGGUGGCUGCACAAGAAGCUGAGAGGGCCAAGUUUGUUGUGGAAAAGGCUGAGCAAGACAAGCGAAGCGCUGUAAUCAGGGCACAGGGUGAGGCUAAGAGUGCCCAGCUGAUCGGCCAAGCUAUUGCCAACAACCCAGCAUUUAUCACACUCAGGAAAAUUGAAGCAGCGAGAGAAAUUGCACACACAAUCUCAAAAGCAGCCAACAAGGUGUUCUUGAGUUCAGAUGAUCUGCUGCUAAAACUUCAGGAUAUGGAUUUAACAGGCACCGGUGUGAAGAAAUAAACACCUAAAGCCUAAACUUUUGUUACUUUCCCGUUCAGUCUUGCUUCCUACUUUUGUUAAGAUGCGGGAAUAUCUCAUCAAAGUCCGCACACUGACAUGUGAAAUGGUAUUCUGUUUCUGGACCCUAUCACAGUAGGAAAUUUACUUAGCUCGAGAUAUAACUAUCCAUUGGGAAUUAAUCUCCUCUUGAAGUCUUGAAAUUGUUGAUUGAAAUCUACAAUCAUUUUGACAUAUUCUAUGCUAUCCUUGAGUUUUUUUUUUCACUUGAAUACUCGCAGUGUGUUACUGGAUGAGAAACUAGUUUUGCCGUUUAUGAUUAUUUGGAUGAGG